AUGGAGGAGAUAAAGUGGAUGAGAGAAGUUAGGGAUUUGGGAUUAUUGAAGAUGGUGGAGAGAAUGAAGAAGGAAAGAGAUAUAGAGAAGAUCGUGCGUGCGGUGAAUGGAUUCUUGAAGGAAAAGCAAAUUAAACAAUUUGAGAAGGAUCUGAUGGUACCGAAUUCGACAAAUCUUGAGCUUGGGGAUAAGGGUGCUUCUGCUCCAAAAACUUCGAUCGAGCAACUUCUGAGUAGGGAGUCGGCGGUUGGUGGGGGGCUGAGGAUAAAUGAGUCUGAUAUUGCGAUGCCACAGCAAAAAAUUAAAAAGUUGUCCGCGGAUGAGAUAGGGUUGGAGGGGGAGAUUGCGAAUUGGAAGAGACAAAGUUGGGAUACGAAGGAUGAGAAGAGUGAGGAAUGUGAUUGGGGGGUGGUUGGUGGUAUUGGGGCGACGAGAACGUCAGAUUCGGAUGUGAGGGAUUGUCAGGUGGGAUCUGAUGUAUCUUCGGGUUGGAUUGCGGAUUUAUUUGAUAGUACGACUCCGUGUUCUUUGCAUAUAGAAAAGCUUUCAGACUUGCCGAGUCUUGAAAAAAGAGAAGAGAUUGAGAGAGAGAGGAUAAGGAAAGCGGAAGAGAACGGGAAGAGCGAGAUGAGUCUUGGAGGGGUGGCUGAGAAAGAAAAGUGUGGAAAACGAGGUGGUGAUAAUGAAUCGGAGUUGAGAGGACUUGAUGAGGGCUUUAAUAAGGAGUAUAAGGAUGAUAAGAAGGUGGAGGUGAGAUAUGUUGAUAGUGAGGGGGAUUUUAUGGAUCAGCGAGAGGCUUUUAGAUAUCUAUCGAGCCAGUUGGAGGGCCUGGGAUGUGUGAAAAAAAGAGAGAAAGAGAAGCGGAAGGAUAUUGAGAGAUCAAUAGAAAUUUUGGGAGAGGGACCUGGAGUGAUGGGAUGUAAACACGGGUGUGAAAGAAUAAAGAGGGAGGAAUGGUGGGAGAAGGAACGAGAGGGGGACAAGAAGGAGAUUCAGAGACUUGGGGGUGUGGUGGAGGAAUUGAGAGAGUUAGUUUUGAGAGGGAUGGAGAAGGGGAAAGAGAAGGAGGGGGGAGAGGUUUGUGGUGGUGAGAAGAAGAUGUCGGAAGAGGAAAAGCAUGAACGAGGAGAUAAGGAUGAAAUACAUGAUUGUGAUAAACCAGGUUGUUGGUGUCAACCGAGUGGAAGUGGAAGUGGAAGCGGGAAAAAGGAUGGGAGAUAUGCUAGGAGGAAGACUGAACGUGCUGCGAGUAAUGUGGCGAAUAUGAGAGCGAGAGAUGUUUAUGGUGAUCGGGAUCAAGAUGAAGAUGGAGAUUGGAGUUUUGAAGAAAGGGGAGUGGGAAAUGGAAAUGGGAAUGGAAAGGGCUUUUGGGAUUGGGUUGGGGGAGGGAUUUUGUGGAGACAGGAUUGA